UACAGUACACUGGCACAUAGGUAAGACAAGAGCCCUGACAGUCAGCUCAUCCUGGAAAGAGGGCAGUAGAAACUGACGCACAAAGCCAAAGCCUCCGGCACGCCCCCACACACCCAGUCGAGACUCAGAAGGGACAGUUGGAGCAUUUUUGACCCAACACGCGCAGGACAUCAGCGCACCGAGCACACUUGGACCUGACAGUUCAACUAUUAAUCCGCAAAAUACCUGCAAUUUAGAAUGGAGCGAAAAACCCCUUGUUUUGCCGGCACUUGGGAGAUGAAGAGUUCUGAAAACUUCGAGGAGCUCUUAAAAAAGUUGGGUGUGAACAUGAUGCUGCGUAUGAUUGCGGUGAAGGCGGCCUCCAAGCCCCUGGUGGAGAUCACGCAGGACGGAGAGACCCUGUCCAUUAAAACCUCCACCACGGUCCGCACCACCCACAUUAAUUUCACUGUGGGGCAGGAGUUCAAUGAGGCCACAGUGGACGGACGCCCCUGCACGAGUUUUCCACGUUGGGAAACCGACAGUAAGAUCAGCUGUGAGCAGACUCUGCAGAAAGGAGAAGGGCCUAAAACCUGCUGGACCCGAGAGAUCACCAAUGACGGCAAACUGAUCCUGACCAUGGGAGCAGACGAUGUGAUAUGCACCAGAGUCUACGAGCAACAAUGAACAAGAGCACUUCUCACUUUUUGUCCCCCCUCUCUCCUGCAUCACCACUUGCCUCCCAACUCUCCCUUUGUUAAGGCAGCGCUGGGAGAUAGCAGUCUGUAGUUAUUCCAGUAUCUCUGUUAUCUUCACUAUGUCAUUAAUGUGGUAACUGUAUCUAGUAUGUCACAUAUCCUCACGAUGGUCUUAGCUCCUGAGUUAUCCCGCUGUCCCUCCAGCUCCAGCAAACAUUAAGAGCUAGGUUUUAAACAAGGAAAAUAAGUUGGAUUUGUUGAUUGACAGCUCAUUUAUUUGGCAUUGUGUGUGUGUGUGUGUGUCUAUAUUUGUAGAUGUGUAAACCAAUCUUUGAGCGCUUACAGUUUCAGGUCAGUUUUGAUGUGCCCCUCCUCUCUUUUUCUUUAGCCCUGCUCCAUAAAUGUAACCUUUUCGAUCUCAUGACGACAUUUUAUAUUUAUUUCUACGCUAGGAGUCUGAUACAGUACUGCUAAAGUUUUUACUCUGUCUCUUUUUUAUGAAAUGUGAUCCUAGGAAACAACACUUUCUAUGGAAAAACAAUAAAGCAUGAUAUUAACUCA